CCCUGCGGGUGUGUGUCGAUCGAGAAGAAGAACGAGUUCGUCGACGACUUCCUUGCGAGGACCCUAACCAAUACGUGACCGUUACGCGAACGUCCUGCGGCAAUGCGCAGGCGCAAAGUGUCCAGCCCAAGUGACAAGUGUUCCAAAUAAUUAAAACUCAAGUGGGGAUUCUCGAGUGCCUGACUGUGUGUUUGAUACAAAUAACUGCCAACAUUAUAGCCGCGAUUUUACGCCGCCAAGCGAGACAGAGAGUGAGCGAGAGGCGAUACCAAGGAGCCGCAAAAUGGAUUUAUCGAGGCGGUUGUGCUCAACUGCCUUGGUAGCAUUCAUUGUCCUAGCCGGCAUCCACGACUCCCAGAGCAGAUUCCCCGGACUAAGACAGAAACGACAGUAUGGCGCGAAUAUGUAUCUUCCGGAGAGCUCCGUGACGCCAGGCGGAGAAGGUGAUGAUCCGAGCGAGUGGUCCGACUGGAGCUCGCCCUCAGACUGUUCCCGAACCUGCGGCGGAGGCGUGUCCUACCAGACGCGAGAAUGUCUGCGCCGAGACAACUAUGGUGAGGCAGUGUGCAGCGGCGGCAAUCGUCGCUACUACUCCUGCAACACUCAGGACUGUCCCGAGGAGGAUCCCGACUUCCGGGCCCUGCAGUGCUCUCGCUUCGAUGACCAGAAGUUCGAUGGCAUUUUCCACGAGUGGGUCCCAUACACGAAUGCGCCCAAUCCGUGUGAGCUGAACUGCAUGCCCAAGGGCGAGCGGUUCUACUACAGGCAAAAGGAGAAGGUGGUGGACGGAACCCGGUGCAAUGACAAGGAUCUGGACGUGUGCGUCGACGGGCAGUGCAUGCCCGUGGGCUGUGACAUGAUGCUCGGUAGCGAUGCCAAGGAGGAUAAGUGCCGCAAGUGCGGUGGCGAUGGCAGCACCUGCAAGACCAUCCGCAAUACGAUUUCCACCAAGGAUCUGGCCGCUGGCUAUAAUGAUCUGCUUCUCCUGCCUCAGGGCGCCACCAAUAUCCGCGUCGAGGAAACGGUUCCGUCCAGUAACUACUUGGCCUGUCGCAAUCACAGUGGACACUACUACCUGAAUGGAGACUGGCGCAUCGACUUUCCCCGUCCCAUGUUCUUUGCGGACUCGUGGUGGAAUUACCAGCGCAAGCCCAUGGGCUUCGCGGCCCCCGACCAGCUGACUUGCAGCGGUCCCAUCUCGGAGAGCAUCUUCAUCGUGAUGCUAGUGCAGGAGAAGAACAUCAGCCUCGACUACGAGUACAGCAUCCCAGAGUCCCUUAGUCAUUCGGAACCGGACACACAUACGUGGACGCACCUCGAAUUCAGUCCCUGCUCCGCCUCCUGCGGCGGUGGAACUCAGACGCGUGGUGUGACCUGCAAUAACCGCCUAACCCUGGCUGAGGUUAACCCUGCCCUAUGCGAUGCCAAGUCCAGGCCCGCUGAAGAACAGGCCUGCGGCACCGAGCCCUGUGCCCCCCACUGGGUAGAGGGUGAGUGGGGCAAGUGCUCCAAAGGAUGCGGCUCGGAUGGGUUCCAGAACAGGACAGUCACCUGCGAAAGGAUAUCUUCUUCCGGCGAGCAUACUGUUGAAGAGGAUGCCGUGUGCUUGAAGCAGGUGGGCAAUAAGCCGGCCACUACCCAGGAGUGCAAUCGCGAUGUCAAGAACUGCCCCAAGUACCACCUGGGACCCUGGACACCUUGCGACAAGCUCUGCGGCGAGGGAAAGCAGACGCGCAAGGUCACCUGUUACAUUAAGGAGAACGGACGCAAGCGGGUGCUGCCGGAAGAGGAUUGCGUUGAGGAGAAGCCAGAGGUGGAGAAGUCCUGCCUCUUGGCGCCUUGUGAGGGCGUUGACUGGAUUAUUUCCCAAUGGAGCGGGUGCAAUGCUUGUGGCCAAAACACAGAGACCCGUACGGCUAUCUGCGGCAACAAGGAAGGCAAGGUGUAUCCGGAAAAGUUUUGCGAACCUGAGGUGCCGUCACUAUCUCGACCCUGCAAGUCGCCCAAGUGCCAGGCGCAAUGGUUCUCCUCCGAAUGGAGCAAGUGCUCUGCUGCCUGCGGCAAGGGCGUCAAGUCUCGCAUCGUAAUCUGCGGAGAGUUUGAUGGCAAGACGGUGACUCCAGCCAGCGAUGACUCCAAGUGUGACAAGGAAACGAAGCCGGAGGCGGAACAGGAGUGCGAAGGCGAAGAGAAGGAGUGUCCUGGAGAAUGGUUCACAGGGCCUUGGGGAGAGUGCAGCAAGCCUUGCGGCGGGGGAGAGAGAGUUCGUGAAGUCCUGUGUCUAUCAAAUGGAACUAAGGCUAUAAACUGCGACGAAUCAAAUGUAGAAUCUCUAUCCGAGAAAUGCAAUCCUGAAGCCUGCACUGAAGAUGAAAUCUUGCCACUGACCAGCACCGACAAACCAAUCGAAGACGAUGAAGAGGACUGCGAUGAAGAUGGUAUCGAAAUGGUCACCGACAGUUUGUCGGAUGAUGACCACAGCUCUGACGGCGUUGACAUGGAUGGUGAAUCCAAAACGGAAUCCACAAUUGAGGCGGAGGAACUUAUGCUUAGCGACAGCCCCGACUCUACUCCGAUCGAUGAGACUGGCACCACAGUUGAGGGAUCCGGAGAUGAGGAAUCAACUACUGACAGCGGAAUUUCUACCGAAGGAAGCGGUGAUGACGAAAGCACUUCGGAUGCCACCUCAGAUGCCUUCACCGAUCAGUCGGGCUCUACGGACAUCGACUCUACCACAGGCUCUGGCGAUUCUAGCGAUUCUACAUCUGAAGUCCCUGAAUCCUCGGUCUCUGGCUCUAGUGACUCCACUGAAGUAUCCACCGACUCUUCAGGUGUUUCUGGUGGCUCCACAGAUGACUCAAGCUCUACGGAAGCCUCUGUCUCCGGCUCUACAGAUGCUUCAGGCUCUACGGACUCAUCAGGCUCUACGGAUGCUUCGGGAUCUACGGAUGGUUCUACAGAUAGUGCUACGGAUAACUCGGCUGCCACUGAUGAUGCAACUGAAUCCUCAGACAAAACUUCAGACGGCAGUGAAUCCUCAACUGUGGCUGGUUCCGAGUCUACCGACAACGCAGAUGCAACUACCGAGAAAACCGACUUAUCCAGCUCUACGGAGAGUUCCUCGGACAGCACAUCCGGCGCCACGUCUGAAUCUACAGACUCCUCAUCCUCUACUGAAUCCACCUCAGAGGAUACAACCAGUUCGGAUGCCUCGUCCACAACCGAUGCCUCCUCAACUAGCGAUGCCUCCUCAAGCUCUGAUGCCUCCUCAACCGCCGAUGUCUCUUCUAGCACCGAAGCAGUUUCCUCUUCGGAAGUCACGGGCUCUACGGGAUUGUCCAGCGAUGGAUCAACGACAGAGGCUAGUACCACCGAUGAUUCUACUGAUAAGACUUCUGAUGGAUCCACUGAUGGUUCGACUGGAGUAUCCGGAGAGGACACGACCAUCGAUGGUUCGACAGUGAUUACCGAAUCUACUGCGUCUACUGAAGCCUCUGAAACUGGCUCUACUGAAAGCACAGAGGCUGCCGCUACUGAUGGCUCGACCACCGAGGGCAGCACCGUUGAGGAUGUUUCCGGAUCGACCAGCUCAACAGAUGCCUCUGAUUCCACUGCAUCGGAAGCAUCGUCUUCAACUGGUCCUACAGAGUCCACAGAACCAACGGAAUCCACAGCCUCAUCAGAGGCUUCCUCCACAGGCGCUACAGAGUCCACUGAAAGCACUCAAAGCGCUGGAACCAGUGACACAACUGAAAGUGGCCCAAAAGAGGAGAGUACAACUGAAGGAUUUACCGACAGCACAACAGAAGGAUCUACGGAUAGUUCUGUGUCUACAGACAUCGAAAGCAGCACCACCGAUAUUUGGAGCUCCACCGACAAGGAUGACGAAUCCAGCACUCCUUACACCUUUGAGUCUACUGUUAGCAAGGACAAGCCUCGUAAGUGCAAGCCUAAGAAGAGCAACUGCGCCAAGUCUAAGUACGGUUGCUGUCCGGACGGCAAGUCCACUCCCAAGGGACCCUUCGACGAGGGAUGUCCCAUUGUCAAGACCUGCGCCGACUCCAAGUACGGUUGCUGUCUUGAUGGAGUAUCGCCGGCCAAGGGCAAGAACCACAAGGGUUGUCCUAAGUCCCAGUGUGCCGAGUCCCUAUUCGGCUGCUGUCCCGACAAAUUCACUGCCGCCGAGGGAGAGGAUAACGAAGGAUGUCCCGAGACCACUACAGUGCCACCCACAACUACUACCGAGGAAUCGAAACCAGAAACGACAACUGAAAUUGAAGGAUCAGGACAGCCAGAGUCAGAGAAAUCCUGCUCCUACGCCGAGUUUGGUUGCUGUCCCGAUGCCAAAACGCCCGCCAAGGGAGCCAACUUCGAAGGUUGUGACGCUCCAAAAUCGUCGGGAGUUCCAGAACCCAGGGCUUGUGACAAGUCUCCGCACGGCUGUUGUCCCGAUGGUCGCACAGCUGCCGCCGGUCCCGAUGGCCAGGGCUGCUCAGCCUGCACGCGCGAACGCUUCGGUUGCUGUCCGGACGGAAAGACUCCGGCCCACGGUCCCAGCAACGAAGGCUGCUGCCUGGACUCCAGUUUCGGCUGCUGCCCCGACAACAUCUUGGCCGCCCGCGGACCCAACUAUGAGGGCUGCGAGUGUCAUUACACACCGUACGGCUGCUGUCCCGACAAGAAGUCGCCAGCCCGUGGAUACAACCAGGAGGGUUGCGCCUGCGAGACGACCCAACAUGGUUGCUGCCCGGACAAGAUCACUGCCGCCAAGGGACCCAAGUUUGAGGGUUGCCCGUGCGAAACCACUCAAUUUGGAUGUUGCCCCGAUGGCCUCACCUUUGCCAAGGGUCCGCAUCACCAUGGUUGCCACUGCACCCAGACGGAAUUCAAGUGCUGCCAGGACGAGAAGACCCCGGCCAAGGGACCCAACUUCGAGGGCUGCACCUGCUUGGAGACCAAGUUCGGCUGCUGUCCCGACGGCGUCAGCACGGCGACGGAUGAGAAAUUCGGAGGCUGCGAGAAUGUCCAGGAGCCGCCCCAGAAGGCCUGUGGUCUACCCAAGGAGACCGGUACUUGUGGCAACUUCAGCGUCAAAUAUUACUUCGACACCAACUACGGCGGAUGCGCUCGGUUCUGGUAUGGUGGCUGCGAGGGCAAUGCCAACCGGUUCGAGAGCGAGGCCGAGUGCAAGGACACAUGCCAGGAGUAUACCGGACAGCACGUGUGCCUGCUGCCCAAGAGCGCCGGCCCCUGCUCGGGAUUCACCAAGAAGUGGUACUUCGAUGUGGAUCGCAAUCGCUGCGAGGAGUUCCAGUACGGCGGCUGCUAUGGCACCAACAAUCGGUUCGACAGCCUGGAGCAGUGCCAGAGUACCUGCGCCAUCAGCGAGAGCAUCCCUGCAUGCGAACAGCCUGUGGAGAGCGGACCUUGCGGCGGAAACUUUGAACGCUGGUUCUACGACAAUCAGACCGAUAUCUGCCGCCCCUUCACCUACGGAGGCUGCAAGGGCAACAAGAACAACUAUCCGACGGAACACGCCUGCAGCUACAACUGCCGCCAGCCGGGCGUGCUCAAAGACCAAUGCUCGCUUCCUAAGCAAACCGGUGAUUGCAGCGAACGACUCGCCAAGUGGCACUUCUCUGAGACGGAGAAGCGCUGCCUGCCCUUCUACUACACGGGUUGUGGUGGCAAUAAGAACAACUUCCCCACCCUGGAGUCAUGCGAGGACCACUGCCCGCGGCAAGUCGCCAAGGACAUCUGCGAGAUCCCUGCGGAGGUGGGCGAGUGCGCUAACUACGUGGCCAACUGGUACUAUGACACCAAGGAUGCUACCUGUCGCCAGUUCUACUACGGUGGCUGUGGUGGCAACGAGAACCGCUUUACCACCGAGGAGUCCUGUCUGGCGCGUUGCGAGCGCAAGCCAGAGCCGAGCACCACCACCCCGGCACCCAGUGCCCAGGACAUCUGUGACGAAGUGGCUGCCGUCGGCGAGUGCGAUCGUUACGAGAUCAAGUGGAGCUUUGACCGGUCUUCUUCUGCAUGUCGUCAGUUCUAUUAUGGCGGCUGUGGCGGCAAUGGCAAUCGAUUCGAUUCAGAGGCAGCCUGUCUGCAGCGUUGCAACAGGCAGGAGCCUCCUACUCCGCCUCCUGGCCCAUCUAGACAGCCUCCUCCGCCUUCUGUGGGUCAGUGCGAGCAGCCCGCCGAUCCAGGUACAUGCGGCGAGUGGGUGCUCCAGUGGAACUAUAACGCCACGGCGGGACGCUGUCAGCAGUUCUUCUACGGCGGCUGCGGCGGCAACGACAACCGCUUUGAGUCUGAGCAGGAUUGCUCUACCCGCUGCUCUCCCAGCAUAGAUAACCGAAUUGGCGAAGAAGAACCAGAGCCGCGUCCCGAAUCGGACUACUCUAAGUGCUUCUUGGCAUCUGAGCCUGGCAAUUGCUACGAGAAUGAGACCCGUUGGUUCUACAAUAGCCAGGACGGGCUCUGCGACGAGUUCGUAUACACCGGUUGCGGCGGCAAUGCCAACAACUAUGCCAGCGAGGAGGAGUGCCAGAAUGAGUGCAACGACGCCCAGAGCACCUGCUCCCUGCCACCUGUGCGCGGUCGUUGCGGAGAUUUGUCGCGCCGCUGGUACUUUGACGAGCGCACUGGCGGCUGCCACGAGUUCGAGUUCACCGGAUGCCGUGGCAACCGAAACAACUUUGUGUCCGAGAGAGAGUGCUUAUCCUACUGCCGGGAUCAGAGUCCAGUGGAACCCCAGCCACCAGCACCGACCUAUUCGGUAUGUGACCAGGCUCCGGAGGCGGGUGAGUGCGACAACCACACCACCGCUUGGUUCUACGACGGCGAGAAGAUGGCCUGUACGGCAUUCACUUAUAGCGGAUGCGGCGGAAACGGAAACCGCUUCGAGUCGCGUGACCAGUGCGAGCGGCAAUGCGGCGAGUUCAAGGGAGUGGAUGUUUGUCAUGAACCGGUGUCCACGGGCCCGUGUACCCAGUGGCAAACGCGCUACUACUUCAACCAGCGGACACAGGCCUGCGAGCCCUUCACCUAUGGUGGCUGCGAUGGCACAGGCAACCGCUUCGACAACCAAUACGAGUGUCAGACGGUCUGCAUAGCGGCCCGCGAGCCGACGACUAACAAUGGCAAAGAGAUCUGCCUGCUGCCGGUGACGGUGGGCCGCUGCAACGGACCCUCGACGGAUGAGCGCCGUUGGUAUUACGACGAUGCCCACGGCACCUGUGUGUCCUUUAUUUACUCGGGUUGCUCCGGCAACCAGAACAACUUCCGGUCAUUCGAGGCAUGCACGAAUCAGUGCGGAAGACCCGUCGACAACAACAACGCCAACAACGAGGUGGAUCAGGGUCAGUGCGACAGCUACGAGACCGAGUGCCAAGAGCUUCGCUGUCCUUACGGCGUGCGGCGCGAGGCAGCCCGAUCCCAGCCAGAGUGCACGCAGUGCGUUUGCGAGAAUCCUUGCGACAGCCAGAAUUGUCCGGAGGGUCAGCAGUGCGCCAUUGAGGUGGCUAGUUCGGGUGAACGCCAGUUUGUCCCCGUCUGCCGUGAUGUUACCAAACCCGGAGAGUGUCCCUACCUGUCAGCCAAUGCCAGCGGCUGUGCUCGGGAGUGCUACAGCGAUGCCGACUGUCGAGGAGACAACAAGUGUUGCAGCGAUGGUUGCGGUCAGCUCUGUGUGCGUCCAGGUCGCCCCACUCUGCCACCCAGCACUCAGGCACCGGUGGUUGUCUAUCCAGGCGACAGCCGAGCCUCCCUGGAGCCCAAGGAGCCGCAGGAACUGGAUGUCCAGACCUCCAUCGGUGGCAUCGCCGUGCUGCGUUGCUUCGCCACUGGCAAUCCGGCGCCAAACAUCACCUGGUCCCUCAAGAACGUGGUGAUCGAUACGACCCAAGGCCGCUAUGUCCUGACUUCGAACGGUGAUCUGACCAUCGUCCAGGUGCGUCAAACGGAUGAUGGCACCUAUGUCUGUGUGGCCAGCAAUGGCCUGGGAGAGCCAGUGCGUCGAGAGGUUGCCCUUCAAGUGACAGCUCCCGUUGACACUCCCGCCUACAUUUACGGCGACAAGAACGUGACUCAGAUCGUCCAGCUCAACCGUCCGGCUGUGAUCCGCUGCUCGGCCGGUGGCCAUCCACAGCCGCACGUGAGCUGGUGGCGCAACAACCAGAUCUUAGGUUUCAACGCCAACGACCGUGCCGAGAUGGCCCGCGACUACUCGCUGGUUUUCAACACCAUCCAAUUGUCGGAUCUGGGUCUGUACACCUGUGAGGUGUACAACAAACGGCGUCCGGUAUCGCUGCGCGUUACGCUGAAGGCGGUGGGUCCUGCCCGGGCAGUGACCCACGAGGAUGCCCAGUAUCUGCAAUAUGUUGUGGACCCGGCAACGGCGCCUAUAACCCAGCGUCCCAGCUAUCCCUACCGACCCACUCGACCGGCCUAUGUGCCUCCUCCCACUGUCAAUGUCCAUGCCGUGGUGGCUCUGGAUCCAAAGAACAGCUACACAGCCGGCUCUAGCAUAGCCAUGAGUUGCUCUGUCGAAGGCUAUCCGGCUCCGAAUGUGACCUGGGCCAAGGAUGGCGUGCCUUUGUAUGAGAAUGAACGUGUGCAAAUUACAGCCCAGCCACAUCGUCUGGUAUUGAGUGAUGUGACCGCCGAGGACUCGGGCACCUACAUCUGUCGGGCCAGCAAUGCCUACACGUACGCCAACAGCCAGGUGAAGGUGAACAUUCAAUCUGUUAUUCCAGUCUCACCCGAGUGCAUCGACAAUCCCUACUUCGCCAACUGCAAGCUGAUUGUCCAGGGCAAGUACUGCGUGAACGCGUACUACCGCAAGUUCUGCUGCCGAUCCUGCACCCUGGCGGGCCAGAUCCAGUCGCCUCAUCCCAAUGCCCUGUAAUUCCACGCCUUGCAGAGUAUUUUUGUUUGAUUUUCGCAUUGAAUUUGAGUUGAGUUUAAACGCAAGAAUAAUUGGAUCGACAUUCUCGGGCAGCCUGGCAGACCGAGCCGGCUGUCCUUUUAAUAGCAGAGAGACCAAAAAGCCAUAGCCAUAGCCUUACAGAUCAAGAACGAACGAACUUGUAGUAUUUACCUUCUUCCAGAACAAAAAUCUAAUAGUAUUAGUGUUUUUUAUGUUUGUGUUCCUAUUUAUUCUUGAUUACGGAGUAACCUUAAAUUCAAACCAUCAAGAAAAGCGGCUAAAACGAAUUUGCAUUCUACCUUUUUUGUAGUUCUACGACAUUUCUGUGCAACGAUUAAAGCAUUUAAGCCUAAAACGAAUAAUUGUAAAUAAAUUAAAAGUACAUAAUAAAGAGUGCAUAUUG